AUGUCUGCUUGUAACUGGGUCAUCGCUACUUCCUUGGUCUUCGUCACGAUCAAUAAGUUCCUACAAUACUCCACAAGUUAUCAUGCUUCAUGGAUGUCCAAAAUCAUUCAACAUUCCGUCCAUAAAAAAUCAUACGAUGAUUAUCACAAGAAAUUGCAAGAACGUCUAGAAUUACAAGAAGAAAAUACUACCAUCUCAGCACAAGAUAACUAUGCUAAAUGGACAAAGAAUAAUCGUAAAUUGGAAAAAUUAAAUGAAGAGAUCAAAGCUCUAGGUAUACAAUUAAAAUCUCAACAAUCUUCUAUUGAAAAACAAAUGAAGAAGUUCAAAUUGGUUACAUUGACUGCUCCUUUCAUAAUUUUGAAAUUAUGGAAGGGUAAAUUUCCAGUUUAUUAUUUACCACAUUCUGAUAUGUUCCCCAAGAUCAUUGGUGGUGUUAUGAGUCAAGGUUGGUUAUAUUUAGCUUUAUUACCAUUACAAAUCCUGAGAGGUAGUAGCAAAGUGGAAACUCAAGGGGAAGAAAGUAUGGCUAUUCAAGUUAGUGUGUCUCUGGGGAUAUGGUUAUGGGCUUUGAUGACUGUUAUUUCUACUGUGGAAUUCUUGAUUAAUCAAUUAGUUUUCACUAAGGAAGUUAAGAAACCUGUCGUCAUAGAAGAAGAGAAGAUAAACAUCAAAGCUCCAAACGCCAUUGAAGAAGAUAAAAUCGCUUUAGAUUAA